UUUACUUUUUCCAAUGUUUACAACAAACUUUUGCAUGCUAGCCUGAACUUGAUUUUAAUUUCGAUUAAUCCACGUGAGCCCUCUAGUAUAAACGCAGUGUAGAAGAGAUCAUCAUCCGUAUACCUAUUGAAAAAAAAUAUUAGAAAGUUUCGAAAGACAUUGUAAAGGUUAAAAGAGAAAGUGGUAGAUAUAGAGCAGUAAUUUCUCUAUUCCAUCAAUAGAUAUUCUUAGUAUCGUGAUUCAAAUUUGGUUUGCUUUUUAUAUAAGUUAUAAAUAACUAAAAUGUUUAUUCAUUUAAUACCGAUCCUUGGUCAAUAUUACAAGUAAACAAGAUACAGUGUUGAGAUGCCAUGCGUUUGAGAGAGAAAAACAAAGCAAGCUACGAUGACUGUUCUCAUAGAGCGUGUGUUUCUCGCUCCUAGUUAUCAUUGCAUCAGCCGCAGCCCAGUCCUUUAGAAUCAUUCAAGCACUGAACAGUGGAAGUCGAUUUACGGUUUCAUACGUGAAAAAUUUACAAGCCGGAGCCACCCGGAAAGGAAGUUCUCUUCGAGACACUUGACGUUUUAUUUCGAGUUAAUUUAUUUCAUUAUCGUCAAUGUGAACGUUUUUUGCUACAAGUUUUUGUCCCGUUCACCGAGUUCUUAUCACUAUUUGUCUCGGUUGCCGUUCAAGAAAGCGUUUUAUAAAAACGGUCAGCUGGUGCGAGAAAAAUCUCAUUUGCUGUGCUGGUUUUGUUGAGCCUGGAACUAACAAGUGUCCCGUGUAGGUUAUUUGGUUUUUUUCGAGUGACAUUCGACUGCAAAAAUAAAGCUUGCUGUGAUCGAUAGAAGCAACUAUGGAACACGUCAACGGAAACGCCGAGAAAGAAAUUCGAGUUUGGUGUGAUGGAUGUUAUGAUAUGGUGCAUUUUGGACAUGCAAAUUCCCUUCGCCAGGCGAAAGCACUAGGCCACAAGCUUGUUGUAGGAAUCCACAAUGACGACGCUAUCACGAAAAAUAAAGGCCCGCCGGUAUUCACCCAAGAAGAGAGAUAUAAAAUGGUGCGUGGCAUCAAAUGGGUUGACGAGGUUGUGGAGGAUGCCCCGUACGUGACAACUCUGGAGACAUUGGACAAAUACAACUGUGAUUUCUGUGUACAUGGAGAUGAUAUCACGCUGACAGCCGAUGGUGUCGAUACGUAUCACUUGGUCAAAUCAGCUAAUCGUUACAAGGAAGUUUCACGAACGGCCGGCGUGUCGACGACGGAUCUUGUCGGCCGGAUGCUGCUGAUGACGCGUAACCACUUCAAACAAGGUGACCAAGAGUAUAGCGUGGAGAAGGAUGAACAAAUUGAAGCAAUAAACUAUUUAUUCAAGAAAUAUCAAAAGAAACUUGCAUCUACCACAGGCUCAUCGAAACUGGGCCAGGACCAUUCGGCGCGAAGCCCCUGGACGGGUUGUUCCCAGUUCCUACCGACCACGCAGAAGAUAAUCCAGUUCAGUGACGGCAAGGCACCGAAACCAACCGACCGAAUUGUGUACGUGGCAGGAGCCUUUGAUCUAUUCCACGUUGGACAUUUGGACUUCCUAGAGAAAGCCAAAGCUUAUGGAGACUAUUUAAUCGUUGGACUGCACACCGAUCCGGUGGUGAAUGUGUACAAAGGAGGAAACUAUCCGAUUAUGAACCUGCACGAGCGGGUGCUCAGUGUCUUAGCCUGCAAGUAUGUUAAUGAAGUUGUGAUCGGUGCUCCCUACUCGGUGACGAAUGAUUUGAUGGAACAUUUCAACGUCGACUUGGUAUGCCACGGACAAACCGCAAUUGCACCGGAUGUCGGUAAUAUUGACCCUUACGCAGUACCAAAGCAGAUGGGCAAAUUUAUGCUGAUAGACUCAGGAAACUCUAUCACAACCGAAGACAUCGUUGAGCGCAUCAUAAGGCACCGGUUGGAGUACGAGGCACGCAACACCAAAAAGGAGAAAAAGGAGAUUGAAGUGUUCGAAGCUAUGCAACGGGUGAAAAUCGCCGAAAAAUGUGGUUGACCAGAUUAAUUUGCCAGCAAACUUGCAAUCAGUUGUCGGAUUAUUCAAUAUUUUCUAUCGUCAGCAGUUUGUAAAUCUAAUCUCUUUUUCAACGAGCUUCAACAGGUUCAGUCAAUGGAAAAAAAGAUAGUGAUUGCCAUUUCUACCAGUUGUGUUAUUGAGCAUUGCAUUAUGGUGGCAACUAUAUUAGACUAUACAUUUUAGGCAGUAUCUAUACAAAUAGCAUCGUGCUACAGAAAAUGAGGUUAUGAUAUGAUUAGUUAUUUGUUAAUUAGGUUUUUCAGUUUUAUUUUUCUUUCAUUGAUUUAAUAUAUUUUGAAGCAUAGAAACUAAUAUGUGUAUCAAUGUUACAAAUUACAAAAUGAAUGCAUUCUGAUAUUAGAAUCUCAUAAACAAUAUAUAAUUUUUAUCCCUGAUAAAUUCCAUAAGUUCAAAUCUUUGGUACGGUCGUAAAAUAUUAAAUACUGAUAACAUACGUCUACUUCAGAAAUUGUUUAGCUGGUUAAGAAUUUUUUUUUAUAGUUAAUGCGUUAUGUAUGUUUAAUUUAGCAAAUAACUUGUUUUCAUUUCAGCGAAAAUAAGCAUGUGUACUUUCAGUUUUAAAAAGAUUGUUUAUGUAUAACAAAAGACGGAAAGCAAAAUAAUGUCAAUAUAGAUUGUUUUUGUAAAUUUACUGUACAGGUUAUAUAAGAAAACAAUGCAUAAUCAGUUAGGUUUACAAAUGUAUAAUUGCAGUUGUAUGCUUGCUUAAUCUAGGUUUAUUCUAAUUCAUACUGGACAUUUCAUGAAAUGUGUGAUUCUAGUAAAAAAACAUUCAGUAAGUUCCAAAAAUUAAAGCUGACAUCAGUCAAAGGCGUUUGAUAUAGUAAUUAAACGGGAGUCACUUUUUAAUUAAUGAUACUUAAAAUCUGUUCUAUUGAAAAAUAAUAAUAAAAUGUUUAAGACGAAAUACAAUCACUGUCAUUUAAUUGAA